AUGGGAAGCGGUACCGUAGAGCCCAAUUUCAGCGAUCAACGAGAUGUUCGUAUCGUGCCCAUUUCAGCAGAGCAGACCGUGAAGCUGCGCCAUUGCGUACUAUGGCCUGAUCACCCGGUUUCGCAUGUUCUUCUCCCCGAAGACGAUACGGGAAAGCACUACGGCGCAUUCAUUGGUUCGCACGAUGACCCGGUGGCGGUCAUUUCACUAUUCUAUGAGCCGCUUCCGAAGACUUCUCCGGACGAUGGCAUAUUGCCCGCAAUGCGGUUUCGCAAGUUCGCUUGCGCAGUCUCGGAGCAAGGGAAAGGCAUCGGCACGGCCUUAUUGUCUCAUGUCAUCGCCAUCGGCUCUUCAGAUCCUACGGUGACCAGUAUAUGGUGCGAUGCUCGACUAGCAAGUGCCGAAUGGUAUCAAAGACGAGGCAUGGAACCCUUCGGCGAGACGUUCUUCAAGGGUCCUAUAGAGUAUGUUCGGAUGAAAAUCGAUGUUUAA